UUAAAUAUUUGGGGGUUAAGGCAAAAGUUUCAUUUGCUUUGCCCUAGAGCCGCCCUUGUCGAAAUCGAUAGCCAAACUUUCCGAUAGCCAAAGAUGAGGAAGCUAAAAGCUCAUGAACAGAAGCUCCUAAAGAAGGUGGACUUUCUACAAUGGAAGAGAGAAGGAGGUCACAGAGAACCUAAUGUCAUGCGUCGCUACCACGUUACUGGCCGAGACGACUACAAAAAGUACUCGGGUUUAUGCAGAAUGGCGCAGAAGCUGGUGAAUAUACUGAAGCAGAUGGACCCAAGAGAUCCUUAUCGGAUUGAGAUGACUGACGCCCUUCUAGAAAAGCUGUAUAACAUGGGUGUAAUAACUACGAGGAAAAGCUUAGCUGUGUGCGAGAACUUAUCAGUUUCAUCCUUCUGCCGGCGUAGGCUCUCCACUAUCUUGGUGCGGCUGAAGUUUGCCGAGCACAUGAAGGAAGCAGUGACUUAUAUAGAACAGGGUCAUAUUCGAGUUGGACCCGAUACAGUUACUGAUCCAGCAUUUCUUGUGACAAGAAAUAUGGAGGACUUCAUCACGUGGGUAGAUACAUCCAAGAUUAGGAGAAAGGUCUUGGAGUACAACGAGAAGUUAGAUGACUAUGAUGCAAUGAAUUGAUGACCAGUCAGCAAUUUGUGAAGCAUUCCAGAAUAGAAUGAUAGAAAGGGAAAAUAUUCUUGUUGGCUGGUGUGAGAGUUUUCCUGUAAGUUUACCUCAUGCUAGAUUGUCUUAUGCAACCACUCCACAUUUUUGCUCGUUUAUGUUGCAAACACAUGAUAUUCAACAGUAAAGUUCAAUUGGAACAUUGUAUCUUUUCAGUUUCUACUGAAUGGUAGUAUAGUAACUUAAAUCAGUCUACCUCCAGUUGUGGCAGAUGUGUCGUGAUUUUGUUAAUCAUCCAGAUUGGUCAUUUGGAGUUCAAUUUGCUACCUUAGUACUAGCGUCAUCUGCACUUGAAUUUCAGCCGUCAUCUUGUAUUGUAUUGUGGCUGAGGAUGUUUACAUUCAUCUAUUGCUGCUAGCUGUGUUUUCGUAGUCUAUUAUUAUUAUUUUUUACUGGUAUUCUCCA